AAAGAAAGGCCGGAGGCCAGCACAAUUGGACGGAUAACUCUGAAGAAAAUUCAGUUACGAGAGGAAGGAACAGUCCAGACUCCAGAAUCCACCAGCUGCCGUUGGCCAGUCGCCACCCAUGCCUGCGGCGCCGGGGACCGGCCCCGGCUGCCUAGGAUCGCCGGCGCCGGCCCCCUCGAGCUCGCUCGCCGGGGUUCAAGGAGGCCCGCGGCGGUUGGGCGUGACGAGGCCGUCAUGGGUCGUCCGCACUGAGUCAAACGUUCGGAGGGAGAGACCAAAACGGCCUGAUCCUCCUUGCACCAUCUGCAAAGGCACAGGGAGAAUAGACUGCCGAAACUGUUUUGGCCGAGGAAGAACAAAUCAUGCCGAUCUCGCCAUGCUUCCGAAGGGCGAAUGGCCACAAUGGUGUCGAAUUUGUGGUGGUAGUGGACUAGAUUACUGCCACCGGUGCCAUGGAACAGGUGAAUAUCGAGAACCCAUGGGCUUCCACUUCACUGUUCGAAGCAAAUGAACUUCGCUUCGACCAGCAACCACUGCAAGUAACAUUGUUAUAUGGAUUUACAGUAAGGGAAGAAAUGCACAAAAAGGUGAUCAAGUCAUGGUUGUUAUACUACGAUGUGCAGCUGUACCAGUUGCGGAAUAUUGUAGUCACCCCAUAACUUAUGUCUCCAGCGUUUUGUGAAAAAUUAGAUCUAGUGCUUGUUGGAUUUGAUCUCUGUCACCUAAAGCUAAUUAAACCCAGAGAUAUGGGGGAGUCCCGUCUCCAUGUACACGCCA